AUGGAUCGAUCCCAGAAGUCCAGAGCCAUUCUGACAAUUGUGAAAUCGGCGACCGAGAUCGUCUUUGAGCUCCUGAACACCAGCGUGUCCCAGUACGGCAUUACGUUCCGAGAGUAUGCAACGGGACUGGACGCAGGCUCCGUGGAGGUAGCGAGUGGCGGUGUUGGGAAAUUCAACCCUCGUGGUUCGAUCAAACCGGGAGAUUUUAUUCAACUGGGCCUCUUGGAUAGAGGAUAG